AUGCGUUCGUACUUUGGUCAAUUUGGUACAGUUACAAAUUUAAAAUUAUUUAGAAAUAAAAAGACAGGAAAAUCCCAACAUUUUGCUUUUAUAGAAUUUGAAUCUAUUGAAGUUGCAGAGAUAGUAGUUGAAACAAUGGACAAUUAUCUUUUACUUAACCACAUACUUAAAUGUAAAUUGAUACCGGAGUCACAAGUUAAUCCAAAUUUAUGGAAAGGAACAAAAAAAAAAUUCAUUCCAUUAGAUUAUUUAACCUUAGCAAAAGAGAAACACAAUAGAAAAAAAACUAAAGAAGAAGUUGAUAAACAAGUUGAAAGAUUAUUAAAAAAAGAGGAAAAGAAAAGAAAAAGAUUAUUAGAUUUAGGCAUUGAUUAUGAUUUUCCUGGUUAUGUAAGUGCUUAA